GUAGGGAGAUUUGGAACUUGAUCGUUUCCGGGGCUGUGGCUGCGAGUUGUAAGCGUUGUAAGCAUGUAAACAUGUAUGGUUUUAAGUGUUUUGUGGUCGGACAUUUGUGUUCUUCAGCCCGGCUAAAAGUCUGAACUACACGAUCAUCUUGUUGCCAUGAAAGCAUGAACCUUACUUCAAGGAAGGAUGCAAGAAACAAAAUACAACGCAAAGCACAAGCCAGCAAUACCUUUUACAAUUUUGAACUAUGAGGGAAGCACACGUGUCAACAUGGAUGAUGGCAUUCGGAAUGAGCGCCAUGAUACUGGCAUGGGGCCAAAACGGCCACAAGCCCUCUUUGUUGGCCUUUUCAUCAUUUUCGUGCUGGUGCAUGCUUGCACCAAGUCACCAAAGGAGAUUGGUGUGCAGGUGGCUGCAACUGCCAUGACGGUGCUGAUGGUCAUGUCAGGUCGUGAGGCUUGCUACCUGCUCUGUGAGCUGCAGCGGCUGCGGGUGAAAUCCGCAAGUGGUGUCCUGAAGGCAGCAGCUGGCUGUUUCCAGUUGCCAAAAACAACAUGGCUGGUGAUCCUAAUGUGCUUUGUCCUCUCCUUUCUGACUGUCUAUGAACAUCCCAGCGAACUGUGGGACACACUCAUGAGACAGGGCCAUGUGCAUUUCCUUGUGGCCUUUGUCACUAUGCUCUGCGUCUGGGAACCAUCGCAGAUGGAGCAACAGUACGAGUUCGGCCACCAGGGUUCCUUACAUGUGGGCGAGAACCUUGCCUGGGCCUUUGCCUUCAACUAUCUCACAGUCAUCACUGAUCCAUGCAGCCGAGUCCACGACCGCUCCUUGUGUUCUCUUAGUGAACGGAUGACGCAGUACGAGCAGGACAAUGAUGUCGUCCUUGUCAUCAAGAAGCUGAUCAUCCUCAUGCCACGAUCGUGCUACAUCGAACCGGAGUUGGGCGUCGGUGGGGACGAGGACAUCGAAGUGGCCAACCACAUGGACGAGCUGAAGAUCUCUCGAGCCGGCACACGAGAACGGAAAUACGUGAAUACUGUUUACAAGAUUAGGAACGGUGACGACAGUCCGUUCUAUUGUGUGGCAGAGGGUGCCAGUCCGCUGCUGACGCUGAACGACAUGCGAGAAUGUGGCGAGCUGACGGCUGAGCAGGAGCGGGCACAGAUGAGAAAAUUCUGUGACAAGUUGCGUGACCUCGUGCACGCCAAUGCAGCUUGUCGAUCACGCAUUCCCUUGGUGGAGUAUGACGACGUGAGUGAAGAUGGCCGUCCGGUACCUGUGUCAUCUAUUCUCAGGAACAUCAUCAGGAAGGAGCUGGGGCUGACUUAAUUCCUUAUUUUUUCUUGUUUCACAGGCGCUUAUUGUACGAAUAAAAGCAGGACGUUUUUCCUUACUGCUGCCCUUA